GUGUUGCCAAUGGGGAGGAGACAGGGGGUUGUCGGAGAGACUUUGCUUGUAGCAGGACUCUGUGAUCUAGGACAGCUGUGCCGACAAUGAGAAGUGUCGCUGCUGUCUCGGUACAAGCCAAGGAAAGCGACAAAAAAGGUCCCGGAGAGAAAGUGAGGUGCUACUCUUAAACUAAUCGCUGCGACUUCCUAGGAUUUUGGAAUAAGCGUUGCCUGUGGAGCAGAACUUCGUGCCUUGGAAAGCGAUCUCCAGCCAAGCUUGGAGAUGAAAUGAAGGAAGCUGUUUAAUGUUGGAGAUCAGAUUGAAUGGUUAAAGGCUCCAUUCAUGACCAAGUUUUUCUUCAGCAUCUGCUACAAAUGAAUGGCAACAAAUACGUUUCUGUCUGACCAUCGACAGCUUGAUAUCAAGUGGUUUAUGCAGUCCCCUGUAUUCAGAUCAUCUAUACUAUGGCUGCUGUGCAAGCUCUUCCAUUAUCCAUUGACCAAAACGCCGAGGUCGGUGGUAGCCAAAGCCAUACAAACACAAGGUCACCUGUCACGGAAAACAUUAUGGGAAGCGUCAGCAGCUUAAUCUCUGGGAGGACAUACCAUGAUAAGCAAUGCAAGGCCUCAGAAUUCAGCAGCAAGUGCCGGAAACCUACCAACAUGCCAAACUGUUUUAAACAACAAGAGGGGCUCAUAAAAAAUAAUUAUAGCUCACAGGAUCCUCUAUUUGGUGGGCUCCCUACAAAGAAACCCUGUUCUACUACCUCUGGAAAUAAUGGGAAUUAUGUCUAUGUCAAUGAUGACUUCAAAGAGGAAUGGCAUGAAGCAAAAGUACCAAUCAGCCCCUCUAGCGAUGCUGACGAUAUUCGGGAAGAGAGAUCCCACAAUGGGAACAUAAGAGGACCUCCACCCAAGCUCAUUCCAGUUUCGGGCAAAUUAGAAAAGAACGUAGAAAAGACUUUAAUAAAACCUACAGCUUUCAAACCAGUAGUGCCGAAGAAGCGUAAUUCCUCACUGCAGUACCUUGUUCAGCGCAAUGGAGGGCCAGGACUUUCAGAAAGUCAGAGCAGCCUAAAUCUUCUGUUCAACGGGAAUUCAGCAGGGAUCCCAGAAAAGCACAACUCCUUGAGCUGUCGGAACAGCGCGCAUUCUGGCACCAUGUCAGACUCUGGACGCACGUCCUUGUCGAGCCUUCCAACCUACAGCACCAACUGUAGUCACCAGCUAGACCCAGUCGGUGUUUCUAUGAGCCACAUUAAUCUGGAUAAUCACAGUAACAUCAAUGGGUAUUCAGAUCGAGCAUCCAGGGGUCGGACUCGUCCUUCAAACUCAGACAGUGGGCGCUCUUCAUCUAGCAAGAGCACUGGCUCACUGAGUGGCAGGGGGAACCCAUCCUCUGACAGCGGCUCCUGUGACCGCUCCCCGAUCUUGAACGAUGAGAUUCUGAUUAGAGAGCUGGAGGAUAAAUUAAAGGACAGGGAGAUGGAGCUUCAGCAACUAAAAGAAAAUCUGGAUGAAAACGAAGCUGCCAUUUGCCAGGUUUAUGAGGAAAAGCAGAAGAGGUGUGAGCAGGAAAUGGAGGAGUUGCGGCAGAGUUGCGCUCUGAAAACGAAGCAGGCAGCCCAAAAGGCUCAGCGGCUCCAACAGGUUCUUCAGCUACAAAUAUUCCAACUGCAGCAGGAGAAGAAGAAACUGCAAGAGGAUUUCUCCCAGUUACUGCAGGAAAGGGAGCUGCUAGAGAAGCGAUGUGCCUUGUUUGAGAGAGAACAGACAGAGUUUGGGCCGCGCCUAGAGGAGACCAAGUGGGAGGUUUGCCAGAAAUCCGGUGAAAUAUCAUUGCUGAAGCAACAGUUGAAGGACUCCCAAGCUGAGCUUGUACAGAAAUCAAAUGAAAUACUACUUCUCCGGUCUCAGGUCCGAGAGGUGCGAUCUGACCUCCAGAUCAGUGAAGAGCAGGUGCAGGAGCUCCAGGACACGGCUCACACCAAGACACUGGAGCUAGAGGUGUGCGAGAAUGAGCUUCAGCGCAAGAAGAACGAAGCUGAGUUGUUGCGAGAGAAAGUCAGCAAGUUAGACCAAGAAGUGGCCAAUCUAAGGGAAGCAGCUGUAGCCAGCCUACGCCAUGGACUAUGCCUUUGCCAUGAGAAGGAGGACCCUUUCUUAUUAUAUGAAAGUGAUGAGGCCAAAGCCCAGCGUCAGAAUGCAAACAACCUGCAGGGCUUGCAGCAGUAUGUGGAGCGUCUCAGGGAAGCCCUAGCAAGCGAACGCAGAAGAUAUCAGGAGCAAGCAGAAAGCUUUGAAGAUGAGCGGAGGAUAUGGCAAGAGGAAAAAGAGAAGGUGAUACGAUAUCAAAAACAGCUGCAACAUAACUAUAUCCAGAUGUACCAACAGAACCGUGAGCUGGAGAGGGACAUUAAGCAGCUGACCUUAGAACUUGAGGCAAGAGAGCUGGAUGAGUUUGACUUGCACGGGGCUGAAAUUCAGUUUGAGGAAAUUACAGCUACAGAGAUCUAAAGCCAAUGAAUAUGCAGAGCUACCACAAUUGCCUUUAUACACACACCUACAACAUUCCAGCCAAGGCUUUUGCCAAAACUCAACUCAACUCAAGCUCUUCCGUACGACUUGCUGUGGUAAUAACCAUAUUCAACGUUUUCACACCGAACCAUAGGUUCAUGGACUGCACGUUAACACUACAUGCAUCUUUAAAUGGCAGAUCUUGAACACUGAAUUUGAUCCAAAAUAUAGUAUUAAGGAGCCAUGUAUAUAUAUAUAUGUAUGUGUGUGUAUAUA